CACUGCAGCAAAGUUUCCAUUCCAGCAAACAGUCCAAUUUUGUUUUUGAGCAGAAAAGUAAAACUUCUUUCUCAUCACUGAGGGGUGACUUCUUUCAUUUUGCCUGGAGAGCUAAGAGCUCGGAGUGUCUGGACUUCACUGGCUCUGCUGAACCGAUCAUGGAUGUCAAUAGGACUGCAAAUUAUUCAAUGACUGACUUGUUACCUGACAGUUUCUUUGAAGGUGUCAUCCUGUCUUUCUCCUUGUCAGUCGUGAUCGGGAUUGUAAUCGGUUCAUUCUUCUGGAUCAUCUUCACCUGCCUGGCACGCAGGAAGCAGGCCAGUGCUUCCAUCUCCCCAGGCACCAGCCUGCGUAACCGAUCCUCAUCCCACAACGUCAUGCUGACCAGGACCGGCUUCUACCGCAGCAACAGUUAUGACAGGCAUGGUGACAACAACCUGGCCUUGGCCAGUACACUGGCCUUCCAACGGCAAGCCUCCCAAGAUCAAGCUGACACCUAUGGAAGGAAGUCCACUUUCCGAGCCUCCACCUUCCACCCUUUCGCUGAAACUCCCUUGGCAGAUGGGCUGGACAGAAUGCAGUCUUCCUCUGGCUUGCUUGGCACUAACACCUCGUCUACACUCAACUGCGGCCUGGGCUAUCAGGAGCAGCACUGGUCAGAGGCCCAACACUACGACUGUCACUCAUCUCAAACCCCACCUCCUGCAUAUGAUUUUGUGGUGGAACCUAGCAAAGAGUCUCUACCUUGAUUGUCCAGUCUCAACAUUUGAGGCUUAUUGGAUUCUCAAUAUUUGUAAUUUAACAUGCCUACAUUGAGACAGUCGCCACACCUCGGACAAGACGCAAGGUUGAGAAGGUAGGAUGGGAAUCGAACCCAUGCUGUUGGCAUCACUCUGCAUUACAUACUGGCCAUCCAGCCAACUGUGUGAUCCUACCUCCAGCUUCAUGAGCGGCACUUGUAAUACACAAAAUGCACAACACAUGAAGACACCCCCAUCUGAAAUGGACAGUUUGCUGCAUGUGCAUCACCCCUCAUGGAUGGAGGGAUGUCAGAUUGCACUAUGGAUGAUUGAUUGCCUUAAAGACCUCGCUUCAAACUCAAUAAUCGUUCAGCCAAACAGUAAAUUGCACAUUCACUGUAGUCCUGAAAGGGGCCUGCAUUCAUUCAGAGCAACCCUGCAUUUUUAUAGAUUUUUUUCAACACCUCAGGAAGACUUUUAUAGCCAGUUAUGUUCUUAUAUUCUUUUUGCAAUGCAUAAAUACUUUUAAGUGUUUUUUAAUCACUGUUGUGGUGUUGGAAAUGCAGAUCCACAGCAAGCUUCCACAGACACCACUGAGAUAAUGAUAAAUAAUUUUUUUGUGUGUGAUAUAGGGUGAAGGAGAAAUGUUGACCCACAAACCCUAAGGUGAAGUUUUCCUUCUGCAGUUCUCCAAAAUUAUUUCAGAGAAGUCAGUAAGAUACAUGUCUCCCUCAACCUAUUUUCCAUCACGAACAAGAAAUGGUGGCCCCACUUCAUAUAGGAGACCCUAAGCACAACAUUUGUACUUUUCAGAAACAAUUCACCACUAAAUUAUAAGAGCUGUUUUUUGGGUUAAAAUUGUGACUCGCUGCAAACACAGGUAAAAAUUCAUGUGAAUUGCUUUCAUUUUGGAGAUUGUCCAACUGAACUUAGCUCAGAAAUUACUCUAUGUAAGAUUUUCAUUUGUAUCAGAUUCUUGCCAUUAUUUUCAAACAAGCAUUGGCCUGUUUAUUUUAAUAGUUUCAAUAAGUGAUCAACUUUGGUAAGCCACUGGGUAGAGAGAAAUCCAGACAAAUGCAUUCAGCAUCUGUAUUAUUUUAUAGUGCGGCCAGGUGAAAAUCUGCACUGCUGUUUGUUUUUAACCCUUAUAGUUGUUGAGAGGAAAUAAUAGUGGAAUUAUUUGCUGUCCCUUCUUAACAUGUUCUCAUAUGGUUACAAAACCUGCAUGGUGUUAUCAGGGAAAGGUAUUCUCAAUCCAAUGUUCACCAAAAACUAUAAAAUACACAUUUUUAAUCGGUCAGAGAUAACAAGGUUAGAGCUGGAUGAACACAGCAGGCCAAACAGAAUCAUUGGAGCAGGAAAGCUGACGUUUCAGGCCUAGACCCUUCUUCAAAUCCUUGUUAUCUCAGAUUGUCCAGCAUCUACAGUCCCUACUGUCUCUGAAACUUUUUAAAAAGGUCCUUGGCUUAAGAUCUUAACACUUUUUGUUUCAAUUGAAUUGGAUUUUGAGUUUUCUUUUUGUCGAUCGCUGUUUUACACAAUGUUGUAUCUGUUUUACUCAUUAAAAAGAUGGAAACUAA